ACCAACAUCAGCUGACUUACCACAAAGCAUCUGAGCAAGCGCAUAGACCCCAAACCCAACCAUGUCUUCUGCCGAGGCCGAACGCGAUCCGAACCCCGCCGAACUGGCCGAGCGCGAGCGCGAGGAGAAGGAGCGCAAGGCGAAGGAAGACGCCGAGCAAGCGAAGCUGCCAUACAAGUGGACACAGACCAUCAAAGACGUGGACGUGACGAUUGCCGUACCGGGAAACCUCAGGGGAAGGGAUCUGGAUGUGGUUUUGACCAAGACUAAGAUCAAGGUGGCGGUUAAGGGACAGGAACCUAUUAUCGAGGGAGACUUUCCUCACCCGGUUAUACUUGACGAGUGCUCAUGGACGCUGGAGACGACAUCGCAACCGCCUGGAAAGGAGGUAGCGGUUCAUCUGGACAAGGUGAAUAAGGUUGAGUGGUGGCCGCAUGUGGUGACUUCUGCGCCCAAGAUCGACGUCAGUAAGAUCACGCCCGAGUCAUCGAAGCUGAGCGAUCUGGACGGGGAGACCAGGGCCAUGGUCGAGAAGAUGAUGUACGAUCAGCGACAGAAGGAAAUCGGCGGCGCAAGCAGCGAUGAGCAGCGCAAGAUGGAUCUUCUGAAGAAGUUCCAGGCGGAACAUCCGGAGAUGGACUUCUCCAAUGCACAAAUCGGCUAGUUGAUGGGCCAUUCCAGAUGUGUAUGAAGUAAUGAGCAUUAGUCUUUUCGGACAGGACAUGAGUAUUCA